AUGGCUCGCUCCGAAGAAGAUAUCCAGUGGGAGAAGAGCGAAGGGAUCCCCCAGGUCGACGAUCCCUUUAUCCAAAAGUAUCUCAACGGUCGCGAGGCACUCGUAGAGCAGGAACACAAACAGAGACAUGACUUUGCAUUCCGCAGCUCAAUGUCCGCUGUGGCCCAGGAAGCCUGCAAAAUCGUAUCCACAAUUCGUGAAAAGGAACUUCGCGAAAUAUGGACCAAGGACAACAAUGGCCCAGACGAUGAAUUGUUGUAUCCCGGGAUGAUGUUCACUGUUGCCCGGGAGCGCAUGGAACAGACGAAACUGUGGAAAAUCCUAGAACGAAUGCCCAAAGGCGCUCUUCUACAUGCCCACAUGGACGCCAUGUUUGAUCUUGAUUUUUUGAUUGAUCAGGCUUUUGAGACGCCGGGGAUACAUAUGUCGGCUCCGGCACCAUUGUUGACCAAGGAUGACUUGGAGGUUGCUCCAUUCACCUUCCAGUUCUUAACUCAUGUGCCUGAAGAGUCUGAGAAUAAAGAGCCAAUAUGGAGUAAAGACUAUAAACCGACUUCCUUUAUCCAUAUUCGCAAAUCAGCCACCACAUUCCCGGAUGGAGGGGAAGAUGGAUUUCGAAGAUGGCUCAAGGGUCGAAUGAUGAUAUCAGCGGAACACUCAUAUUACCACCACCAUGGCGUGAAUGCCAUAUGGCGUAUAUUUGAACGCGUAUUCCCAAUCUUACAGUCUAUUAUAUUCUACGAGCCAAUAUUCAGACGAUGUUUUCGGCGCAUGCUUGCACAAUUAGCGAAAGAUGGCAUCAGAUACGUCGAUUUCAGAGCAGCCUUCGUAUUCGAAUGGCGCAAAACGGGGAGCGAGAAGACAGAAAGCGACUUUGUGGAGUUCUUCCGAGUGUUCAAGGAUGAGAUUGAAAAGUUCAAGGAGAGUGAAGAAGGAAAAGACUUUUAUGGCGCGAGGAUGAUCUGGACGACGAUUCGAGCUUUUUCGAAUAGAGAUAUUGUUGAGAGCAUGGAGCAAUGCAUAAUUGCUAAGCAUGAAUACCCGGACAUGAUAUGUGGAUUCGAUCUUGUUGGUCAAGAAGAUAAGGGGAGAACCCUUGCCGAUUUGAUACCGUUACUAUUCUGGUUUCGCAAAGUCUGUGCAGAGGAAAGAGUCCAGAUUCCCUUUUUCUUCCACGCUGGUGAAUGUCUGGGAGAUGGCGAUGACACGGAUAAGAAUCUCUACGAUGCAGUUCUACUAGGCACGCGACGCAUUGGACAUGGAUAUUCACUCUACAAGCAUCCACUAUUAAUCAAUCUAGUGAAAGAGAAGAAAAUUCUGAUCGAAUGCUGUCCUAUAUCCAAUGAAAUCCUCCGCCUAUCAAGCACCAUCAAACAUCACUCGCUUCCCGCGCUCUUGUCUCGCGGAGUAUCCGUUUCCCUCAACAACGACGACCCUGCUGUCUUGGGUCAUGGAAAAAACGGACUGACCCACGAUUUCUGGCAGACGCUCCAAGGCCUAGAGAAUCUGGGGUUGUCGGGACUUGCCACCAUGGCCGAAAAUUCGAUCCGAUGGAGUUGCUUUGAAGAUCAGACUAUGACCGAGUGGCAGACAGACAUCAAGCAGGGGAUAGCUGGCCAGGGAGUCAAAGCGAGGAGGUUGCAGGAAUGGUAUCAGGAUUUUGAAAAAUUUUGUCAAUGGAUUGUGUUGGAGUUUGCGGAUGAGGUUGAUGAUUAG